CAAAAAUGAGUAACCUCCAAAACUCCAAUCACACGAAUCCAACCCUCCAUCCCCCAUCUUACUCCCCCAAGAAACCCAACCACAGCCCCAUGCACAGCAGAACAAAAGACAAAGAAGCCAACAGAAGGAAGAGCAUGCGUACUAAAAGAGUAAAGGGAAGAGAAGAGGGGAUGCACAGAGGAGAAAUAGGGAUGGCAAGAAGAGGAACAAGGGUAGUUCAAGAGGUUGUUUGGGGGAUGGGUAUUGGGGUGAUGAGGGAAAGAAGAGAGGGGAGAAGGGGAGAAAGAAGGAUUUUAAGGGGGAAAGGGAGUUGGAGAGGGGGGGAAGGGGUUGAGAAGGAGAUCGAACUUAAAAGAGAGAGGUGAUUAUUUGAUGAAAGGAAGAAGAGAUCUGUUGAUAAGGGAUUAAGCUCAUCCAUUGAUAAUACUCUUAGAAAAGAUUGAGGCAAACCUCACUCUCUAAUAAAAAGAGAUGCUAAAAUGCAAGAAGUUAAGAAACCCAUCACCAGCAUCACUUCAGUAAUUUAUGAAAAAGAUAAUCAAAAUUUUCAAAAAGAUGAGGAUACUAUUAUAAGUAAUUCAGACUCGAAAGAUGUUUUAAAAGCCUCAAAAUUUAACAAACCUCUUGAAACCCAAAAGGACAAAGACAUUUCUUUUCACUCGAAGAAACCCAAAGAAAACUCUUCUCACCCUCAAGUUAAUGACAAAGACUCUUAUGAAGAGAAUAGCUCAUCUGGAUCUGAAAUUAAUAGCACCAUAUACAAUAGAUCCAAAAGCAAAGCUUGUAGUAGAGUCAAUACACAAAUCAUUAAUCCUAGACCAAUUAGAGCCAUAGUGGAAAAUCCUAAGGAGAAAGAAUGUAAGCCAUCUUCACCUCCUAAAAAUCCGAAGAGUCUUAAGGAUGCUAGUAAGCAAAGGAUGAAGAAUGACAAAACCUCAAGCCCUGAAAUCCAAAAAGAAACACCACCAGAGCUUGCGCAAACCCCAGAAAACCCCUCUUCAGAAGAAGAAUACAAGUAUGCCCUACAAGAAAAAAAAGAAGAAGUCCAAGAGAGAGAACCGCCUAAGCAACAAGAGCAGGAGUCAAAACAGGCUCUUGGGAAAGAGGAAGAGAAGAAAAGCAAUCAGAAGAAACAAGAGGAGAAAGAAUUGCAAGAAGAAUUAGAACGACAAAAUCAGCAAGAAGAAAACAAGAAAGAGGUACAUGAAGAAGAGCUUGAAGAAGAGAAGCAAGAAGAACAGGAAGAUAAAGAGAAUGAAGAUCAAGAAGAGAAGAAAGAAGAUGUGAGUGAAGAUGAACAAGAAGAUGAACAAGAAGAUGAGAAAGAAGAGCAAAAGAAGAAAGAACAGCAACCAAAGCUAAAAGAGAAGAACAUGCAAAAGCAAAAAUUAAAGAAAGAUUGUAAGGGAGAUUAUGAUCUGGGUAAAGAUAAACAGAUACAGGGGAAGCAUAAAAAGAGAAAAACAUCAAAUAAAGAGAAGUCAAGGAAGCUCCAGAAAGUUACUGAAAAAGAUCAAAAUUUUGGAGCUAUGAAUGCUAUUAAAGAGAACAGGAAAGAAAACACUGAAGAAGAAAAGCCUGAAAAAAGUUCUCCUAAAAAUAAUCAUAAAUCCAAGCAAAAGUCAGUGAAGCAGAAGAGUAAAAGACACUCAAAAUCUAAAAAGGAUAAGGCCAAGAAAAGGCAAAAGAAAGCCAAAAGAAUGCAAGACAGUUCCAAUUCCAAGUCUAAAUCUGAAUCUGAAUCAAGAGAUGUACCUGAGAUCGAGUCAGAUGAUGAACAAUAUGAGACAGAAAAACAACUCUUGAGAACGAUAGUGGUGGGUGCUAGCAGAGGAUUCAAGUAUAUGCAAAAUAAGAUCAAGUAUAUCGAAAAAAUGCUUAUAAAUAAAAUUGAGAGAAACAGUCUAGAAGCAUUUAUAAAAGUUUUGCAGAAUCUUUAUCUCAAAGAAAGCACAAAAAAUGAUACUCUUGAAGAAAUUUUCCCUCAUCCAAAGACUGGAGCAAAGAUCAGACAACUCUUAAACAAGAAAAUGGAAGAUAACUAAAUUUUUUUACUAAAAAGUAACAUUCAA